AUCGAACUAAACAUUCGGUUAAUUUUAACGAAACAAAUAAUAUUUAUAAUAUUUAUCAUUAAUUUUUUCCCUUUAUUUUUUUUUUAAAAAAAAAAACUAAAUUUAAAAAUGAAUUACUUUACAAUUUUAAGCAUCUUUAUUCUUUUAUCUCUCAUUAAUAUUUCAUCCGCUCUUCCAAAUGGUAAUGGAUCAUUAACUAAGCUUAAAAAACGAAAUGAUUGUAGUUGUUCUUUCGCCAUUGCGGAUUUCAAAUCUGGUUCAGCAAGAGGUAUCGUAACCUUUUCGCAAGACGAGUCUGGUCACACCGAGGUCGCAGGGAUCUUUAGCAAAGGUCUCAGUGAUGAUAGCGCAUCAUACGGAUUUAGAAUUGUUGAUGAGUGCAGGAAUGUACUCUUCGAUCUCACGGACGGAUUGAAUAUACAACCAGAUAGUGAUGGUGAUGGUAGCAAAUCUUUUAGACAUAAAUUUACAGAAUUUGAUGUUGACUGUACUAGCAAUGGUAUCCUCACCAAAAAAGUUCACAGUAGUAAACGUAAUAAUGAUAGUAAUUGUCAUAACAACAAACUUAGGAAACGUCUUCCUAAUGGUGGAGAAUUAACUAUAAAUGGUGAAGGGGCCAGUUAUGCUGGAUUAACUAAAUAAUUAUAUUAAAAAUUAAAAAUAUAAUUUCAAUUUUUAGUAGUUUUAUUAUAUAUUUUUUGUUCACUUUAUGUUAAAUGAAUAGGUAGAAUAAUUCUGCACAAAUUUUAAUUUAGUUUUAUUUUAGAUACUAAGUUUAGUAAUAAAUUGUAAAAUUUGUCUCAAAAAUAAUAAAAAUUUUCUCAAUAUUUCUAUAAUUUU